AUGUUUUCACCAUCCUAUCAACAUCCUCAAUCAACCCGCCCACCAUCGCAUACCGAACCACGUCAUCAGCACGCGAAACAAACCAAGCCACAGCCACCUGCAGGCCAAUCCCAGCCUGCAAAAGAAGCAUCACACCAGAUUCGCCAGCCGUCAAUUAGCAGCAGCACUGCAACGGUAGUACCCCGGAGUACUCCCCAGCAGCAAGCAUCCACUCCUCAGAAAGCUCGUCAGCCAUCCGGCAGUUCUCCAAUAUGCGCCAACUGUGAAACUGAGACUACCCCGCUCUGGCGAAGGAAUCAAUCCGGCGCCACACUCUGCAACGCCUGUGCUCUAUUUCAGAAGAUGAAGGGCCGGCCCCGGCCGAUCUCCCUCAAGACUAAUGUCAUCAAGCCACGGAACCGGAUCAAGGCCAUAGACAGGAUGCCAGCCUCCGCCCGCCCGGCCCGACCACUUGCCAACACCGGCAGCCAUCAUCCCGGCAGACUGAACACCAGUGCUAGCAGCACCAGCAGCAGUUCCUGUAGUACCCCCAUCCAUCCCACGUCCUCCUCCCUCUAUCACCAUCACCACCAACAGCCAAACCUCAUACAGCAGGCAACCUCCCGGCUCAACAACAACACCCAAGACUCGCCGCCCUCAUCAGCUAAUACCGCUCCAGCCUAUCUCCAUCCAGACCAAGCCUAUCGUAAAGCAGGACCUAGCCAUUCUAACGGAAGUGUGUUCCGCUUCAACCCUCAGCCACUCGCCAAUUCAUCAGCGCUCAAUUUGCCCUCUCACCACAUUGGGCACUCCCAAUCGGUACCCUCGGAGCCGGGCUCACUCUUCAGAGCAAAGACUCACUCCACCCGCAAGAGCCUGCCGGGCGGCCCAGACCCAUUCAGCCAGCCGCUGUCGCUCUCUGACCAAUCUGUCCUGCAACCCAAGCGCAGGAAGCAAAGCCUCAACGCUCCCACCAGGGCCACCCCGACCGAAAACACUUUCCCGGUCACUAGGGCAUUCUCCGGCCCACCACGCCUCCCCACGCCGCAUGUCUCCUCCGACAGUUUCGCUCCCCGCUUGCAAUCACCCAACUCCGGUUAUUCCCCUCCCAUCCGCCGUCAGCAUCAAAUCCCUCAUGAUCAUCAACAAUCCCCUACGGAUGACCAUCCUACUUUCCAACAAUUCCCGACUGACAGGAGAUCGACAAUAGAUCGCGAAAAGCCCGAGGAGAGAGAGAAAAUGCAAUGCACCGUAGGAGUGGAUCGGCGACGAUUCAGCCCAUCACCGAUCGUCCUACCGCCGCUCUCGCAGCUUACGCAGCAUCUGAGUGAGCCGGCAAAGCUACCGCCGAUGCUUCGAACUACCGAACUAGGGCCGCCGAAGUCGUUCGAGGCGAGUGCACGCGAGGCGCGACUGCACUCGCCGGUAUCCCCCCACGGCAACCUGCUUGCGAUUCCGGCGGGGCGGGCGGCGGAGCCCCGACGGGCGUUGUCGGUCCAUUCGUCUGUCUCUGACCCGGACUCGGUCCUCUCGCCGAUCCGGAUAUCUAGCCCGAGCGUUUACGACUCCUCGCCGUCCGACCAGCAGACACGCCAACGACAGACCGAGCCGCCGAUCACUCCUCCCGUCUUUCUUGGCUAUCCUGCCUCCUUCCAUCGCCGCGCAUCUGGCCCUUCUCGCCCCCUCACCGGCCAGCCCACAAUUGAGUUCGCCGACGCUCUCCACCCUCAUUCUUCCAACGAGGCCUGCCAUGAUAACGCUCCUGUCGAGGAACUCUGUCAGCUCAAAAAGCGGAUUGCUGAGCUCGAACUCAUCAAUGGUCGCAUGGUCAAUCGUCUUGGCGAGCUCGAACGCCGGCCUAACAGCUCCCCAGCGGGCCCCUACAACCUCCUCUCCCGCGAUCAAGACGAUGAGAAAGAAGAGAACCAUAGCUCUAUCGUCGGAAGUGACAAUGAAGUUUCGUUGCACAUCACUGGUCAAGACCCUUCUGAAAAUCACCACGAAGAAGACGAAGAAGACAUGAUUGACGCGAACUAUUAA